AUGCGUCGCUGGCUGCGGCGGUCGCGCGCCUACACGCUCGUCUACUUCGUGUACGGCACCAUCGUCUGCCUCUUCUGGCUGGGCCACCCGCUGCUCAUCCAGCAGACCACGCACACCAUGUUCAGCACCAACAGCACCAACCACAGCCGGAUGUCGGAGACGGCGGAGUUCCCCAGCGGCGCCUGGUACCCGUUCGACGUGCGCGAGCGGCGGGUGUACGGCGCCGUGUACGCCUUCCAGUGCCUGGCCAUCUACUUUGCCGGCAUGCUCAUCAUGGUCACCGACAUCAUGUUCAUCACGCUCAUGCUGCUCACCUGCGGCCAGUUCGAGGAGCUGGGAGAUAAGCUGCGAAACUGCUGGGAGAUUGCUGCCGCCAGGACACUGCGCCGUGCAGGGACCACGCAGGAGAGAGAGCUGCACAAGGUGGUUGCGCACUGCGUCCAGUACCACGACAUGCUGCUCAGGUAA